GUAAGGUUAAUUUAGCUGGUUGAAAAUUUAAUGUUAAUUCAUAUACCUUUUUAUUUACAUUAUAUUGGUUAUUAAUAUUUCUAUUUUGGUUCUUUUAUUCAGUUGAAGUUUUUAUUUGCUACUUUUAUUGAUAUAAUUUUCAAUAAUGAAUAAACAAGAAGUUAUUCAGUGGAUUUGUGAUAAACUUACUAUAAUAUUACAAUUUGAAGUACAAAAGAACAUGGCUGAGUACAUAUAUGUUUUCAACAAAAAUGAUGUGUUGUGAUUACAAUAUUAAUUUAUGUUGUAGAUACAUAUUAUCCAUGCAGUCUGAACGGCAACUGGAUGAGUACUGUAAUUCUUUAUUAGAUAUUAAAUCUCCGGUUCACAGAAAAUUUUUAUCAGAAUUAAAAAAAUUAUAUAAAUCUCGUAAGUUUAUUCCUAUGCAACAAUCUUAGUUUUUAGUUACAUUUAAUUGUAUGUCUAUAAUUUAGUUAACCAAAAACCAGCAUCAGCUAAUGGUUCAAAUACAGAUAAAAAUAACAAAAAAAAAACAAAAACCCAAAAGAAAAAGAUUGCAACUACUACAGAUACAAAAGAAAUAGAUAAAAAACAAAAUAAAGAAGUAAUAACUACUAUAGAAGCAACUGAUACAGAUAAAAUAGAAAAGGUAAAAUAAAAUAUAAUUCUUUGUUCCUUGAUCUUAGAAUUUAUUAUAAACAUAGUAAUAAUAAUAAUUUAAUAUUAUACAUACCAACUUAUAGAAAGUCAAAUCAAAACAAAAAAAAUAUGUCAACAUAUUUUCAGAUGAAGGUCAAAAUUGUCAAGAAGUAUUUUUAAAAGGUACUUAUACAAAGUUUGUCAGAAGUAUAUAUUAUGACAUUAUGUGUUUAUUAAAUUGAGCAUUUCUAAUAAAGGUCGCCAUAAAUGUAAUUGUGAAGCAUCUAAACAUGGUUUAAUAAACAACUGUUUGAAAUGUGGUAGAAUAGUGUGCAAACAAGAAGGGUCUGGCGCAUGUGUUGUGUGUGGUGAAUUGGUAUAAAAACUAAUACUGAGAGCAAAAUUGAAUUUAUAAUUAAUAUUUCUAUUUUUAAAUAUUUUUUCCUAGGUAUGCUCAAAUGAUGAGUUAUUUAUAUUAAGUUACAAAAAUAGCGAAUCCAGAAAAUUGCAUAAAAAAUUAUCUCGAUUAACAAUUAAUGAUACCACCAAUGAUAAAGCUCUUGAACAUCGUAAUACACUAUUAGAAUUUGAUCGUACCAGGUUAGAACAUUUUUCAGUUGCUUCAUAUUUUUGUUUAAUAAUUAUUACAGUGAGAUCAUUUUUUUCCAUUAAAAUUAUUAUUUUUUUUGUAAAGGAGAUCUGUAAAUUAAAAAGAUAUUAUACCACCGUCUACUGUCUCAAUCCAACUACUGGGUAACGUGCAAAAAUAAUGUUUACCAAGAAUUAGUAAAACUAGCUGAAUUUUUAUUUUAAAUUAAAAGUACAUAUUAAAAAAUUUAUAGAGAACAAUAUUUUGGACGUAAUGUUAUAGGGUUUUUGUUUUGUUUUUUAAAUAAUUAACUUUUUUAAUAGUUCAUAAUUCUAAAAACACCUAUGACAUUCCCUGCAAAAUAUUGUUCUCUGUAAAUUUCAUAAUAGGUAAUUUUAUUCUAACAUCAAAAUUAAGCUAGUUUUACUUAUUCUGUUAGCAUUGUUUUUGUAUGUUACCUGGUAGUUGGACUGAGACAGUAGAUGUGGGUAUAACGUCCUAUUAAUGUUAAAAUAUUUUAUCUUAUAGUGCCAAGCGUACUACUGUAAUUGAUGAUCAGAUGGAUUAUUAUUCAGCUAAUAAUGGUUGGUUGUCAUCAAAGCAAAGAGAACAGUUAAAAGCAAAAGGAGAAGAAUUACAUGAAAAGAAACAUGGAUCGAAAAAAACUAAAAAAAUCACUAUUGAUUUUGCUGGUACAGUAAUAAUUAUUAUUAAAUGUUAGUUGACGGAAUCAGAUAUUUUGGGAUGAGGUUAUUCUAGCGCAGUGAUUAUAUUUUGUUUAUAGAGAAUUUAGUAGUAGCUAUUGGAUAUUUUCUUUUUCUUAACCAUUAUCAAAGAAAUAUGCAAUACUCUAAGUAAAGCAAUUAAGAUAAAUCAAUAAAAGAUAAAACAGUGGGUUGAUGUAUUAUCCUGCCUUGCAACAAUAUUUAUGAUAGAAACUAGCUGUACAAAUUUACAAAAAUUACAUUGUUGUCGGAAUUUUAAAAAAUAGUAUUUUUCAUCUUUUUUGGUUUUUCCCAGUUAUUAUAAAAAUUACUUUAGACAUCAAAAAAUAGUUAUCCUUGUAACUGGGCUAUAAAUUAAAAAAACUAGGCCCAUAAGUUGAAUAAUCAAAUUUGAACAAUAAUUACAUUUAUUUUACACCCAUAUAGGAAGACAAGCUUAUGAAGCCGAGGAAUCUGACAAUGAUAUUGAUCUAAUACCUGAUAAUGAAGAAACCCUACCUACUAUAAACAAUGAGCAUUUAAAUAAUCCUUUGAUUGGAAUAAAUAUAAAGGUAAUAUAUUCUGUUAUUUCUUUUAUAUUAAGUUUAAUAAAUUACAAAUUGCGUUGGUUUUUUAUUUUGACUAAUGAUUGAAGUUUGAUGAAAACGCUCUACAAAAAAUUGAAAGGCAUAAUGUUGACCUUAUCAACCAACAUGCACAAUUCAAUCUAGGUUUUAAUAGAGUACAAGAUCUGGAGCUUAUGUUAAUGACAGAUCUGGGUCUAUGCUUAAGCAUGCAUCAGCCUUAUGCAUCUCUUUUACUGCUGAACAUCAAAAGGUAAUUUUAUAAAAGGAGUAAUUUUUUGUAUUUGUUUUCCUAGAUACAAUACUCAUACAUAAACAUAUUACUGGUAUAUUAGAUCUUAAGCCUAGCUUGUAUUGGUUUUACUAUAAUAUGGAUUAUUUUUCUAUCUAUGAAUAACCUGCUUCCCUUUCUAGUAGCACAUUUUGUCUAAUUGAUACUUGAGUUGCCUAUUUAUAGUUAAAUAUAUAACUAUAUGUAUCAUUAAUUUAGUUUUUAAUAUAUUUAUUUAUAUGAGUAUUAAUCGUUUUAUAAUUUUGUUUUACUUUAUUAUUUUAUUAUUUAUAGUUAUUUAAAAUUUUCAUGUUUUUUUUUUUUAUUAAUUUUUGUUAUUCUGUGGAUUUGAUAUUUUUAGUUUUCUAAAAAUUUAUACAAAUUUGACAGAAGGUUCUUUUUUCUUAUAGUUAUAAUAACAUUAUAAAAGUAUAACAAACCUGUAGUUAAGAUUUUUUUUAUUUUUAUAUGCUAUGUCCAUGAAACAGGGUUAUACCCAUUUAACUUAACAUCCUUUUUAAUAGGAUAUAAGAUAAGAUAACCUAUAUAGGUUUGAAGUUUAGAUUUUGAUCGGUAAUAAUCAUAACAUAUUGGGUAUGUAAUAUUUUUCGAUUUAUGGGAUUAAAUGGUUUGACCAACUGAAAAUGCUCAACAAUUUAAUACAAGGUGAGAUAAGUGGUACUGUGUCUCAAACAUAAUUAUUUUGAAAUAUAUAACGCUCAAUAAAUACUAUUAUUUCUUAGAUCUUCUUUAACUGUGCAUAUUUUUAAAUAGUUUUUAAACUGUUAGUGAUUUUUGUACUAUCCAUGCUUGCUUACUUUCAUUCACUGCAAUCUACCAAGGUUAUCAAUAAUAAUUAAAGUUUGUUGAGACAAUAAUAAAAAAAAAAAUAUCAAUGUGGCUAUGUUUCCAAAAAUAUAUAAUAUUGUUAAUUAUUAUUAUGGAAGAACUAAUUCACUUAACACUUAUCUAUAUUGAACAUAUCCAAUUCUGCCUUGCUAGAAUUUGUAUUCAUUGGCUAAUAUUUUGUUGCAGUCAUUGGUUUUAUUUUUUUUUUUUGUUAAUUAUCCAUCAUUUGUCAUUGUAAAUUAUACAGUUUUCUUGUAUUUACAUUUAUUGUCACUUCUCAUUUGAAUUUAACAAAAAAAAAAAAAAUCAAAAAUGUUUACCAAAUUUUAAUUAUCUCUAAUUUUAUAUGGACAAAAAAUUUAAAUUUAAAUUUAUCAAAAAAUAUUUAAACAAAUUCUGUCUAGAAUCUGUUUUCUUAGACGUUGAUUUAUAGUAGCUGUUGUAUAAUAUAUAUAAAUUCAAUGACCAAUAUAAUAUAUUUUCUUAUAUUAUCCUUUCAUAUACAGCAGUAGUCUGUCCAUGAACAGUAUCCUAUCAUUUAAAUGUUUAUUUUCCCAAAAAUAUCUUUUUAGUUUGCAUUAAGUGAUUGAAUUUAUAGUGAGUAAACUUUUACAGAAGUUGUCAUUUUAAAUCUAUAAUUCUAAUUUUAUUAUUAAUACAAAGAAAAAAUAAUCUUACCAUUUUAAUUAUUUAAGAAUAUUUAACAUCUAAUAUUAUAUAUAGUUAAAUAUUUUAUACUUAUAUUUAUGUACAUACUAUGCAUAUAUAUUUUGGUUAAUGAGUUAUAUAAAAUAAGUGUCUGGUGUUUAUAAUAUCCAAUAUAUUUAAUUUUUGUUAUAAUUUUAGUCAUGAAGGUCGUACAUGGUUUACACCUCAUCGAGGAAGACUCUGGAUUGCAUCCACAGCACAAAAGCCUAAUGAAGAAGAUAUUAAGCGUAUGGAGACAUUUUAUAAACAUUUAAAAGGAGAAAGUAAACUGAAUAUUGAUUUUCUCUAAUAAUCUAAGACUAUGAUAAAAAAAUGUCCAUAUGUUAUAAAUAUAUUUGAUAUAUUUUUGUUUAUAGACCUUGAAUUUCCAAACCGAUAUCCAAUUGGAUGUUUAAUGGGCUGUGUAAAUGUAGUGGACUGUUUGUCACAAGAGGAGUACAUUACUCAGUACCCUCAAGGAGAGGUCGAAAGUCCAUUUAUAUUUAUAUGUAAAAAUCCAAUAAUGAUGACUAAUCAUUUUCCAAUUAAAGGACAACAUAAAAUAUGUAACUAUAUUUUUAAAAUUAAACUGAAAUAUUAUUUGGUUAUACUAACAGAAAAUUAUAUAUUUUUUUCACAGUUAAAUUAGAUGAAAAAAUUCAUUAUGCAGCCCAAAAAUGCUUAUUGAAAGAAAUGUGUUGAUUUUUGCAAUUGUGGCAUCCACCACCACCCAGCUUGUUAACAGUUUUGAAGGACUUCACAUAUUCUUACAUUAUGUAUACAUUUUUUUUUUUAUUUACACUUUAUUCAAUUACUCAAAUUUAUCCUAUCUACUGCUCGAGCAAUUAACCCUUACAAUAUCAUUUAUGAUGUUUGUGGUUGUGGUGUCUAUGGCUAUCCUGUCAAAUGUUGUCUCAUAUAUCUGGUAUUAGAUAAAGACCAUCUUUGAAACUCAACUGCUAGCUGCAAGAAUUCUUUUGAGCUUGAUGUCAUCUUCAGACAUGAUCUUUUAACAGAAACUUUUUAACAAAAUUUUAACAUCUUUUUACUUUUAACAGAAACUAGACACAUUGAAUUGCCAGCUUUAGUCACAUAGAGCUUAUAUUUCUCCAAUAGAGCCAUAACAACUGUCCUUUCCAAUCUUAUUGUCAUCAUUAUCCAUACCUCAUAUAUAAGCAAGUUAAUUUUUAAAAUUCAGAUCAGUUUCAUCUUCAGAGUUAAAGCUUCUUGUUUAAAAUAAUCUACAUCAGCUCCAUCAAGCACAAUAACAGGUUCAAACAAUUUAUCUUCGCUUCUCUAUCAGUGUCAUUUUCUGAAGCAUUGUCACCAAUUAAAAGUAUGCAGUUCCAGAUGUUAGUAAUCUACCAUUUUAUUCUCCACUGUUAAUCAUAGUUACUACUACUUCCAGGAGUUAUAUAAUAUUAAAAACAAAAAUUAAAAACCAAUUUCAUAAAAUUAAUUAAAAAAAAAAAAAAAAAAAACUUGUUUAUUUAUAUUAUCAAUUGUAUUAACACUUUUCUUGAUUAUAUUGAAAUAAAGCUAGAUUAUCAUUUUUUUCUGAUGUUAAUAUAGUUGUAUUUAUUUUGGAUAAGGAAAAUGAUCUUUCACAUCAGUUUAUACAAUAUAUAAUUUUCUUUUAAUAACUUAAUUAUUAAAUUAUCAUAAAUUACAAAAUGUAAUUAAUGUGAAAUACAGUGUUUCUCCCCCCUGGAUUUUGGAAGAUGGAUGUCCUUAGGGCCAUAGCAUUGAUUAUAAACAUCAAAUGCCAGACAGAGAUUUUAAUAUGCAUACUUUUACUGCAC